UAAAAAUAAAAAUGACACGAAUUCUCGGGAAGUCUAUAAUUUACCAAAAUAGGCUACCUCAAAGAGCAACUAAACACUGUGGGCUAUCAUUGCGGCAUAGGCUUCACCAGAGAAGACACUUAGAACACCAAUUAAGACCUAAUACCAUCCUCUAACCCCUCUAUUCUAUCUCAACGACCACUAUGAACCAUCCACUAUUCAUCAACUAACCCCAACCCUCAAAAUCAAUCCUAAAUAAACUCACAAAAAAGUAACCCAACCGAAUUCUCGCCCAUAUCUCCCUCUAAGACUCUGGGACUUUUAUGCUGGGGUUUAUAGAAGAGUUUGAAAAUAUGUUGUACAGAGUGGUGAGGUAGGAAGAGAAGGGAUGGUAUCUGUGGGCUUUAGUGUUCACUGAUGGGUGGAGAAAUGGAGUUAUUGAGUGUCGGAUGGUUGAGAUUUUGGGAUUGAAGGAUGGGGUGAAGAGAAUGAAGAUUGUGUAGGAAAAAAUUAUGGGAUAAAGUGAGAGAAUUUAGUAAGAAUUUGGGGGUGGAGUCGGUGUUAUCUGAGUUUAAAUCAGCCCAAAUUUCCAAUGGCAGCCACUUCUUAAAAUUUAUUGAAAUGAAAACUAUUGACUAUCCAUAAAUACUGAGAAAAUAUAAAAUUUCUUCAUAAUUUCUGAUGGAAUGUAAUUAACGGCUACUUCUGAGUCACCAAGAAAUCACUCUGAUAUUCUUAAAUAUUUUUAAUGAAUCCGGAGUAAGGAAGCUAUAUGCUAUCGGUAGGUCUUAAUUUACCAUAAUGAAGCCGAAUUCGUGUCUGCUUGAAGUCUAAGACAGCUUUAAAUAAUAAUUCACCUAAAUUUUUACUGCUAUAAGUAUUCCAUUUGCUUGAAAGAAUUUGUAGAAUACUAAUGGGACUCUUUUGUUAUGACUGAUAUUUCGAAUAAAGAGAGUUAACUUUGAUAAUAGCCCUUUAUUUAGAGACAAAAGAAAGCCUUUCGGAGGCCCAUUAUCACUCAAUUGGUAAAAGAUAGUAAUAAAGGCAUAGUUUUUUUGGGUUUAGAACCUUCGAAGAUAAUGGUUUGAAGAAUUUUAUGGAAUAUAUUUCCAACUGAACUUGCUACGGUGAGGAGAGAGAAUUCCUAAUCGAGUUUCAGGAUUG